AUGCGAUUCACGGAAGGCGGCAACAACGCGGUGUUGCCGCGCCUGUUAGACGCGAGCGGGGUCCUCGAAGACGCCGCGAACGCGAUCGUGGACGACUCGUUCCACCGGUGCUUCAACUACAGCGAGAACCCGGCGUGGAACUGGAAUUUCUACCUGUUCCCGACGUGGGUCGUCGGCGUGAUCGUUCGGUACUUCGUCCUCUUCCCCGCGCGGUUCACCGUGUUCAUGUGCUCGCAGUUCCUCUUCUUCUCCUCGUUCGGCGUCGUGCACGCGCUGUUCCGCGGGAAGACGCGCGCGAAGUUCGAGAGGAAGCUCGUGAAGAUGUACGCCGCGUCUUACAUCGUGACCUGGGGCGGGGUCAUCAAGUACCACGGUCCCAAGCCGAACAAGCGCGCGGGGUACGUCUACGUCGCGAACCACACGUCGAUGAUCGACUACAUCAUAUUGACGCAGAUGACGCCGUUCAGCGCGAUCGCGCAGCAGAACAAAGGGUGGGUCGGUUUCUUACAGAACACCGCGAUGGACGCGAUCGACUGCAUUCGGUUCAACCGCACGGAGAGCAAAGACCGAGAGAUGGUGCAGCGAAGGCUACGAGAGCACGUGAGGGACCCGGACCGUCUGCCGCUGCUCAUCUUCCCGGAGGGGACGUGCGUGAAUAACGAGUACUGCGUCAUGUUUAAGCGCGGCGCGUUCGACUUGGGGUGCAAGGUGGUUCCCAUCGCGAUCAAGUACAACAAGACGUUCGCGGAGACGUUUUGGCACAGCCGGCGGCAGUCGUUCACGCAACACCUGAUGUCGCUGAUGUCGUCGUGGGCCGUGGUCGCGGACGUGUGGUACAUGGAGCCGCAGGAGAAACGACCGGGGGAGGAUGGCAUACAGUUCGCGGAACGCGUGCGGUCGAUGAUCUGUCAACGCGCGGGGAUAAAGCCCGUGCCGUGGGACGGAAUGUUAAAGUAUUUCAAGCCGUCGCCGCGCAUGUGCGAAAAGCGGAGAGCGGAGAUCGCGGCGAGCCUCGUGAAGCUCAUCCAGUGA